AUGAGUGCGUAUGCUGCUAAUCAUUCACCUACACCUCACAGUGUGACGGAUACCUCCAUACCAGGUGUUCCUAGCGGCGGUGGUGAAGAUGAAGUUGACAUGAAUAACAUGUUUAUGCAACUAGUUCCUCAACCGAUUAGAGUCACUAGAAAUCAAUCGAAUGGGGUUGCAGCAAGCAAAUCGUUGCAGUUCUCUCUAGCAAACUUGAACGUUUUCCAAAAUUUGCCAAAGGAGACUUCUCGUGGUGUUGAUGAUUUGACUAGAAUGAAGAUGGCAAUCCUAAGUGGUAUACCAGAGGAAGUUAAAUGGGCACUCAAGAAAUAUUUAGCUUACAGUAAUAAGGCUCCUUACAUGAUUAGUCUCAAGGAUUUGCCCAAUCUUUUGCCCCUUUUCACUAAUUUCAUUCAGGAUAUGGAGCCAUUGGUUGAAAAGUUUAAUACGCCAGUAUUGGGUGAUGUUAAAUGCAUGGAAAAAUUGCAGACUGGUUUGAACAGUCUGCUAAUUGUAAGGAAUUUGGCUCAGGAUACGGAUUCCGUCCAAGUACUAGUGUCAGACACGACAAUCAAAAAUUUUAUUCUUUUCGUUCUACAAAAAUUCGAAUUAGUAGCAGAUGGUGAUUCAAGCUGGCAGAUUUAUGACUCUAAUGUUUCGUUCUUUAGUGAGCUCUGUCACUAUGCAUUGGAUCUAAUGGAGGCUAUUUCCUCUUACAUUGCACCUGCAAAGAAGGAUGAUUUGUAUUUCCAAACUUUGGUCUCUGUGUUGAAUUACACAAAGGACCGUUACAUGGUGAUUUCUAUCCUUAGAUCUCUUUCACGUCUAUUGGUGAGAUCGAAAGCUGAUGAGGAAAGUGCUGCUGAUAAUUUAGACGAAAGGACCUUAUCGCUAAUCGUCUCAUUUUUGAUUGUGGAGUGCGAUAGUGAAUUAAUCAUCGCAUCGCUGGAUUUCUUGUAUCAAUACAUUUUACCUGGUGCUCAAAGAAUUUCAAUUCUUUUGGAUGAUCCUCACAGAUUUGCUACUCUAGGUGCAGUGUUACCAAGAUUAUUGACUUAUAACAUUAAGGAACCAGAAUAUGAUGUGUUAGAGAAUUUUGAAGUUAAAUUAGUGAAAAGAUUAAGACCACCUGCACCUAGUAGUGCUCCAGACUUGCCGCCAUCUUUGUUCGAACAAUUGUUGGCAUUGAAUGAACCUAUGAGAUCGACAGCCUGGUUAAGGUGUUGUUUCCAGCCCGUAGUUGAUGCAGAAUUUACUCAGAUAAGUCUUUGGAGAGCUUAUGAAUCAAAAUUUGCCCAACCCGUUCGUGAAUCUGGGAGAAAAUUGUUACCAGCGGUAGAAUUUAUCAAGAAUGUAUCCAAUGCCUUUAGCGAGGCAUCUGCUAUGGUUAUUACCGAUUCUACUACAGGUAAGAAAAGAUUCGUUAUGAAGGGAAUUCAACCAAGGCCGAAAGCCUUGAGUAUCAAUGAAGGUGAAUACGCUGCAAAAAACUCCUUGCCACCAUUACAAUCAAAGUUUUUGGAUGAUUCUUCGAACAUCACACCAGCAAGACAGGAAGAAUUACCAGAUAUUAAGUUUCCUACAAAAUUAUCUGAAGUCUCUAAGGCAACUUCGACGUUUCUCUGUUUACUCUCUAAUGAAUCAAGUGGUCCCGGUGUGGAUUUCUGCAGAGUCAUCAAGCCAGUGGUGUUGCAUAAACUUGCUGAUAUUCCACCUUUGAGUUAUGCCCUUUCGGAGUACAUGGAGAAUACGCCAGGAGUGUGA